AUGUCCUCCCAACUCCGAGCAAACAUCUACAUCGCCCCUCCAAUUCCCUUCAGCAAGCCCGACGGCACCGAAGGCGGCAAAUGGUCUCCCAUCUCCUCGACCUUAAUCCACGGCGAUCAUGAAGCCGUGCUGGUGGACACGCCCAUCACCAAAUCGCAGAAUGUAGCUCUGGGAGACUGGAUCGAAGCUACGAUCCCAACGAAGAAGUUGACGACGGUCUACAUCACUCACGGCCAUGCGGAUCAUUGGCUGGGUAUUAAUUACCUCCAGAAACGCUUCCCGGGGUUGAAGGCUUUGGCUACUGCUGGUACGGUCGAGCAUAUGAAGGAACAGAUUCGACCGCAGGAGUGGAAGGCGACCUGGGGUUCUCAGUUCCCGGAUCAGAUUGAUGAGGACUUUAAAUUUGCGGAUGCCCUUCCCUCGAAUGGGGAGUUUCAGCUGGAGGGUCAUGUGCUCAAGGCUGUCGAAGUGGGCCAUUCGGAUACGCAUGACAGUACUGUGUUGUGGGUGCCUUCCAUCAAGCUGGCCGUCUGUGGCGAUGUCGUGUAUGGAGACGUCCACCAAAUGCUAAGGAUCGCGAAUACAAAAGCCCUGCGUGAGGAAUGGAUCCGAGCUAUCGAGAAGGUCGAGUCGUUGGGACCGGAGACGGUCGUCGCUGGUCAUAUGAAAGAAGGCGAGAUCCCAGGUACCUUCCACCUUCUAGAAUCGAAGAAGUAUAUUCGUACGUUUGGGGAGAUUGUGGAGGGCGGUGGUGCGAAGGAGUGGAGGGAUGUGUUCAAGGUGAUGAAGGAGAAGUAUCCGACGAGGUAUAACGAUGGGGCUUUGGUUGCUGGGUGUGUUGGGGCGUUCCCUAGCAAGAAGAAAAAGGGGUCGAAGAUUUGA